AUGGGUCCAUCUACUUCCACACUCCCAACCUUCAUCACCAACCUCGCUACUCGCUUCUCUUUGAAGGACUUAGGUAACUUAUCCUACUUUCUUGGUGUUGAAGUUCUCCCGCAUUCACAUGGCUUACUUUUUAGUCAAAAGAAAUUCAUAAAUGAUAUUCUGAACAAAGCUAAAAUGACAGAUGCUAAACCGGUUCCGACUCUUAUGAUUACUCAUCCUCCUCUCAAUCUAACUGAUGGUACACCUCUUCCAAACCCAACCGAAUAUAGAGCACUUGUGGGCAGCCUACAAUACCUUUCCCUUACUAGAACGGAUGUCUCUUUUGCUAUCAAUCGACUUUCUCAGUAUCUGCACAAGCCCACUGAUGUUCAUUGGGCUGCACUCAAAAGGUUACUUCAAUAUCUAAACGGUACUUUUCAUCAUGGGCUCAUCUUCCACCGUUACUCUCCUAUACAAAUUCAUGCAUUUUGUGAUGCUGAUUGGGUAGGAGAUAGGGAAAAUUACAUAUCUACAACAGGUUACAUUAUUUAUUUGCGUCGAAAUUCCUUAUCUUGGAGUUCAAAGAAGCAAAAGAGCUUAGCUACAUCCUCGACCGAGGCUGAAUUUUGA